AUGAAGCUCAUCGAGGCACAUGACACAGUAAAGUUCCCGGAGGGUGUAACAUUCUCAGUUAACAAACGAGUGGUCAUUGUCAAGGGACCUCGUGGUGUACUGAGGAGGGAUUUUCGACACUUGCAUAUGGAGAUCGAAAAGAUUAGCGACAAUACAAUCCGUGUGAGGAAAUGGUUUGGAAUACGGAAAGAAGUCGCUGCUAUUCGUACCGUUUGUUCUCACAUUGAAAAUAUGAUUAAAGGUGUUACUAAAGGAUUCCGAUAUAAGAUGCGGUCGGUGUAUGCUCAUUUCCCCAUCAAUAUCUCACUUCAGGAAAAGAAUACUAUCGUUGAGAUUCGAAACUUUUUGGGAGAAAAAUAUACAAGGCGUGUGCCUCUGCCAGAUGGUGUUACAGCAACCAUGUCGGCCACCCAGAAAGAUGAAUUGAUCGUAGAUGGCAAUGACUUGCAACUUGUUUCGCAAGCAGCGGCACGUAUUCAGCAAUCAACAACAGUGAAGAAUAAGGAUAUUCGCAAAUUUCUAGAUGGGAUAUACGUCAGUGAGAAGACGACCAUCGUUGAUAAUUAA